AUGUUGGCGGUCAUGCCCUCGAGACAACAGGAAGUCCCGUACUUCCAGAACCCUACGAUGGACCCUUCGAUGGUCGACCUCUUCACCUUUCCUAUGGACAGCCUGAGUGGAUUCGGACAGAACAACGACACAACAAGAGUAACACAAUCAUACUACGAGCCACCAUUAUAUUCAGAGGACAUUCAGAAGCCAGGAUUCCCUUCUCUUCCUGGUUCGCCUCCGGCUGCUACUACCCAGGCCCCGGAGCCUCGGCCUUCUCUGUCUAGUGCUUCAGCUCCAUCAAUUGCUAGUACAUCCUCUUCUGCUAUUGGUUCGCCGUACUCUGCCACACAAGGCAUCCAGGAAGGCUGGAUGGAUACAAAUCACGAACUUAGUCUUGCAGGUGCUAUAGGUGAUUUGUUUCCCAGCGACCAGAUGAUCAACACCUUGGACGCAGACGCCUACUUUCAAAAGAAGGGCCCAGAUAACUUUGUCGACCCUUCCUGGAUCCAGCCUAUUCCUCAACAACCUAAUGGAUCAUCGCCUGUCACCUAUCCCGAGCAACCCAGCUACGCCAUGGGUCAAUCUGUCUUUGCACAACAAUCACCAGAGGCAUCUCCUCUCCCUACCCUGGAGGGUCUCGAGAACAACGAGACAAAGGAGUCGAAACAGCCCCUUUCACCACAAGCCACGCUGUCUGGCAAUCCCCCUUAUCAGCCCAUGUACAACCGACGAUCCUCUGCCUCUUCCACCCACAGCCGCGGCUCUCGCCGUAGCCCUUCUGCCAGUAGUGUUGACGGUGAAACCAAGGGGCGGUGUCCUCAUCCAGAGUGCGGUCGGCCCUUCAAAGAUUUGAAGGCCCACAUGCUCACGCAUCAGGCUGAGAGACCCGAGAAGUGCCCGAUUGUCAACUGCGAGUACCACACCAAAGGUUUCGCUCGCAGGUACGACAAAAACCGUCACACCCUUACCCACUACAAGGGCACCAUGGUCUGCGGGUUCUGCCCAGGAUCAGGGUCUCCCGUGGAGAAGAGUUUCAACCGGGCCGAUGUCUUCAAACGUCAUUUGACCUCUGUGCAUGGUGUCGAACAGACUCCUCCCAACUGCCGGAAGAAGAACUCGAACUCGAAGAAUACCAUGGCGUACAGCAGUGACUCCACUGGCAAAUGCUCGACAUGCUCGGGUACUUUCAAUAACCCGCAGGACUUCUAUGAGCACUUGGACGACUGUGUGCUCCGCGUGGUGCAACAGGAAGAGCCCAGCGAAGCCAUCAACCAGAAACUGUUGGCGGAAGUGGACUCGGACGAGGAGGUAAAAAAGACCAUGGAGAAGCAUAAGUUGACUGACAACACGGCUGGUACUGGUUCUCAAUCUGACUUCAAUGAUUCUCCCUCGAACCAAAAGUCGGGCAAGGGCAGCAUCAAGUCCACAAAAGGCAACACCAGCUCGCGUCCCAUCCUGGGAAAGAACGCCAUCACCAAGCACUCGACACAAAAUAACAACGGCAACAGCAGCAAGCUUCGCCCAAUGGUGUCGCGGCGGCGGAAUAACCGGAACUUCUACCCUCAGUCCUGGGGGUGUCCGGCGAGCAGCAUGAAGACGAAAAAGCGCGUUCUCUGCGUUUUUGAUGGUCCGCGCCGCCUGUGGAAAGAUGAAAUGAUGCUCGACAACGAGUUCGAGGUCCGCGUCAAGCUCCCUGGCGGAGCAGGCGACGGCACCAACCGCGACGCAUACAUCACCGACCUCGACAUUGAGACCAUGAAGCGCGCUGAGGGCGUCUUCAGUGCUACUGCUGAGGAGCGGGGGGAGUGGACCGAUGGCCCUUCCACGCGACUGAUCGGGCAACCGAUGAUGCCCUUGCCUGGACUCAGUCAAUCUUCAGACGAGGUUGAUUUGGACGAGUUGAUGAGAACCUGA